UAUAAAUGAAACGCAGGAAGAAGCACAAUAUUCCAUUUUAUUUAGUCAGACUCACACAAACUUGGAAGCCACACACUCGGAUACCAGCUCCUUCUGUUGCAGUGGAAACCGCCACCAAUGACUUCCCAGGCUUCUUCUUCCGCCGCUGCCUUCGCUCUCCCUGUUUCCUCCGCCACUUCUUCUAUCCGCCGCCGCAAUCCCACUCUCGUUCGAGCCCAAGUGGAACCAUCAGAUAAAUCUGUUGAAAUUAUGAGGAAGUUCUCAGAGCAGUAUGCACGCAGGUCAGGAACAUAUUUUUGUGUUGAUAAGGGAGUCACCUCUGUUGUUAUCAAGGGGUUGGCUGACCAUAAAGACUCAUUGGGUGCUCCACUAUGCCCUUGCCGGCAUUAUGACGAUAAAGCUGCUGAGGCUGCACAGGGCUUUUGGAACUGCCCAUGUGUUCCCAUGCGAGAAAGGAAGGAGUGCCACUGCAUGCUCUUUCUCACUCCUGACAAUGAUUUUGCAGGCAAGGAGCAGGCAAUCACCUUGGAUGAGAUUAAAGAAGCAACAGCAAAUAUGUAACAAGCUAUUUUUAUAUUUAGCUACUUGUUACAAAUCUGUAUCUCUAAAACAAACAAGCAAAAGGAAAAAUGUAAUAAUGCCUACCCAAAAUCAUGUGUAAUAUUGAUUUUUUGUUCUUUCUGAAUA